AGUGAUGGAACCUACCGUAUGGGCUUUAACCGGAGAGGAGGACCAAACCUAAAAGGCCCCUCCCGAAAACGAAGUGGCUUGAGAGCAGAAAAAAAUCCAGUUGAGGGGUUUCGAACUCUGCCUGACCUGUAAUCGCUUCAGUGAUUUUUGUCUUCCCAUUUCCAAAGCGUCGACAGAAAGCUCGUUAGGAAGGAUUAUUUGGGGAGAGAGAAAUUAAAACUUUACUGAAACAGAAGAAGGAGAAGAUGGCGUUCAGAGGGAAGGAGAUGAUGAAGAAGCUGGUGAAGAAGGUGGGAGAGAACAACUUGGCGCCUGGAGUGAAGGAACAACUCAAAAAAUGCAUUCCGGACAGCAAGGUCGUCAUGAACCGUGCCAAACGCGGCCUUUACGCUGGCCGACACAUCCAGUUCGGCAACCGCAUCAGCGAAGACGGUGGAAACAAGUCGAGGAGGAGUUGGAAGCCUAAUGUCCAGGAUAAGCGGCUCUUUAGUUAUAUCUUAGAUCGCCACAUUCGGGUCAAAGUCACCACUCAUGCCCUUCGAUGCAUUGACAAGGCAGGUGGAAUUGAUGAGUACCUGCUGAAGACUCCCUACCAGAAGAUGGAUACAGAGAUGGGCCUGUUCUGGAAAGCUAAAAUUGAGAAGAUGUAUGAAGAGCUUGGGCAAAUGGAGGUAGUAUUCUUUUCACCAGAGGAUGAAGCAAAGUUUGAACAAGGUUUCAAAGACCUAAAGCUAGCCGAGAGAGCAGCUCGAAGGGAUGCCAGAAGGCAGAUGUAUGGAUGGACAGGGAAACAGGAAAAAAUCGAGGAUGGAAAAACCAGCCAAGUAACUGAUGAUGAAACUGCUAGGAUUGGGGAAGAUAGUUAAAGUUAACGUGUUGAUGUUCAUGAACCGCUGGUUGCAAAUUCUUGAGUUUAGAACUGCUUGCCAUCUUGGAUACUGUCCACAUUUUUGCUACCUUUUAAGGGUUUUUUUUCCCCGAAUGAAUAAUUUUGUAGCUCUGGUUUAUUGAUUGUUACGUUUGGAAUUAGUCUUACUA